AUGGAAUGGAUCCACGGAAUGGUUUUUGGUCUAUCGCCGGAGAUUCUGCAGCACAUAAUGGAUAAAACGGAGAUGGUCGAAUUGCGUGGUGCAUUGCUUGACUCAUUCGUGCGACAUUCUCUUCCCAAGAAAACAUAUCUGGAUAGCAAAUCUGGCUCAGGUAAUCCUCACUUGUAUUGCUGCUUCGAUUGCAGAUCGCUUCUACAACGUACCGCACGUUUUUUAUUGCUAGAUUGUCCCUACACCAUAGGGUUUUUAUUGCUUUGUUCUUCAUUUUCUUCCUGGACUACUUGUCUUUUCCGUGUACACAUUUUUUCGCUUUCUCCAUUCUUUGAAUUUCUUUGUCUAUCUUUGAUCCCGAGCUGCACUGUUUGGUAG